AUCAAGGAAUAACAAGUGGAUAACGAGGGCCACGUGCGUUUUGUUGACGGGGUAUUUUAUUGUUGCUGGGGCUUCGGUGGAGUGAGGAUGGGGGAUGAAGAGCUCCGGAGGAUGCUGGAGGCGUCGCACUUGGGGAAGUUCAGACUCGCGGAAUGUGCCCCUGCGGGUGACGACGCUCUCUACUACAAGUCCCUCCUCGACAAUUUAUCCACAAAAUUAAACCUGAGGACUCUCAUAUCCUCUGAAAAUCUCCAAUCAACCCUGGAAAAAUCAAUCGAAAAUGAUUACGAGAGUUGCAUUGAAUGGCUGUGCAUCGGUGUAGCCUCGUUAUACUCAUUCAUUCAGUGUAAUUGGACUGGGCCAGAGGUCAGUGAGGACGUUGACUGGCUGCUUCACAAGCGCGAUGAAGCCGCCCAAGGAUUAGCACUUGGAGAUCAGUGUAAUGACAACGUUCAACGCCUCGAGUUUCUGUACCUCUCUAAGCUCAUUUUCACGAAUAAAACAUUGCAAAGCGCUUGCCCUACCACUCUGUGGUGGCUCUUGCGAGCGAAUCUAGUCCAUCAAUUAAUAAUGGAAGAGGAGUCACCGGCUCUGCUGGAGGCGAGUGAACGACUCAUUGAAAAAGUCAGGGAAUUGGACAUCUGGAGAAUUCCAGAAUUCGAGUACUUGGAGACUUUGUUCAAUGUCGAGGCUGCACAGGUGUGGAUGUUCUACAGGCACAUUCCCAAUAUCGAAAUGUACCUGAAGAUGGCUGAGGCCAGUGCUGGGCUCACCCUCGAGCUCCAAGGGGCCAUGGGAAAACGCACCAAGUAUCAGGCCGAGGAGAAGGCACAGCUAUUCCUGAAUAUUCAGACUCAGAGGGAGCAUUUUCCAUUUGACGAGUGCCCACAACUUCCUGUGUCGCUGCAUUUAAAUGACGAUCUGAGAUUGGAGAGCGUCAAGUUCUCGGAGAGCAUUCAACAGAGCCAACUUGGGUGUGUGGAGGAAAAUGUCGUUAUGGCGAAAUGCAUGCAUUUGCAAUUGUGCCAGCCAAAAGACCACCUCGUCGUGGAAGAAAUCACUCCGUAUUUAAACACAAUAAUAGAAAAUACGAAAUGCUGGCCAUUGAAGAUGGAAGCAUUGCGCCAGCGUUGCCUCCUCGAGAUGCGGGACAAACGCAGCAUAGACCGCGCUCUAUCGCAAUCCGAGUGUCUAAUUACUCACUAUAGCAAUGCACAGCCCAGUGUAUACCACAGAACGUACAAUAUAUUUGCCUCCGGUAUGAAACCGAUCUGGCACUUCAAGGAGAUAUUAGCGGAUACAAUGCUGAGUCUUGGAAUGGUUAAGGGUGCUCUCGAGCUGUACCUAAAACUUCAUCAAUGGGAACAAGUUAUUGUUUGUUAUACACUCCUGGAACUUCGUCACAAGGCAGCUGAAAUAAUUCGCCAAGAAAUCACGAAGAAGCCAACAGUGAAACUGUGGUGUUUGCUCGGUGAUGCAGAACAGGAGACAUUGCACUACGAAACCGCCUGGAAAUUAUCAAACGAAACAAGCAGUAGAGCACAGCGUCACUGGGGUAUGUACUAUUUUGCCAAACAAAAUUACGAUGAGGCAAUACCUCAUCUGAAAAAAUCAGCGGAGCUCAAUAACAUUCAGGAGAAUGUGUGGAUACGCUUGGGCUUUGCAGCCCUACAAGUUGAAAAUUGGAAAUUGGCGGCAAUGUCGUACAGACGUUAUUGUGCACUCGAACAAACGAGCUUCGAGGCGUGGAAUAAUUUGGCAAAGGCUUAUAUCAAACUAGGUGACAAACAACGUGCAUGGCAUUCACUUCAGGAUGCGGUCAAGUGUAAUUACGACAAGUGGGAGGUCUGGGAUAAUCUCAUGGUUGUUAGUAUCGAUCUCGGUUAUUUUUCCGAUGUUAUAAGGUGUUACCAUCGUAUACUGGAGCUUAAGGGUAAACACAUUGACCUACAGGUACUCAAUAUACUGACAAAAGCUAUUGGCAAUGGUGUUAUCGAUGCCGAUGGGCUUGGAUCAGGCAAAUUGCUGCAUAAAGCACUUGAAUUGUUUGGUAGAAUAACAUCAGUUGUGCAUAAUGAUCCGGAUGUUUGGGGGCUGUAUGCACAGUUGGCUGUCAUUCAGGGUAAUGAUGUCGAUUUUCAAAAGGCUGCGCAGUAUUUGCAACGGGCUUAUCGAUCUUGUAUUGCUGAUCCCAGGUGGUUUAGUGAUACGUAUUCUAUCAGCAGGGUACUUGAGCUGUGUCACAGCCUUGCAGAUGCUUAUUUGAAGUGCUCAGAUGCUGCUGCUCAGGACAGGGACAAAAAAUCAUUGCUUGGGAGUGCCAAGUUGGCGUUACAGUCGGUUAUUUCCAAAGUCAAACAGGAAGGCACAACUUCGGAGGAUAUUGCCGGUCGACUGGCGAAGCUUGAGGAUAAACUUGGGAUUGUUAUGCAGGCAUUUGAUAAUAUUAAUCAAUCUUCGUGAAUGGACUGUUCGGGGGGAAAUGGCUGGCGCUCACGGUACGGGGGAUUUUUUUUUUGUGCGGGAGCGAAGGGGGAAACGGUUCUAGUGGAUUUUUAGGCGGUUUUCGGGGGAUAUCUGGGAAUCUGAGGGAGAUGGCAGGAUUUUUGGUAAGAUCUUUUUUGUGGGGGACAGUGAGAGCUGCAAAAAAGGUGGUGACGAAAAUUUCGGUAUUUAGGGUGGAUUCGGAGAUAUUUUGAAAAGUUAGGGAAGGGCUCAUUCGACUCGAAUGGUUUUACCACUUCGCUACUGGAUUUUUAUUCAGCAGGCAAAUGGAGUCUUCGUGGAACAUCCGCUUUUUUGAUGCAUUGUGGUGUAUGAGUUAUGGAAUAUACUGAUCAAAGCGAUAGUCUGGGAUAUUAGCCAUGGUGAUGGGGCUAGAUCACGCAAAUUGCUGCAUAAAGUGGCUGAACUAUUUGGUGAAAUAACAGCACUUGGACGUAAUGAUGCCGCCCGUGGAUUCGGUAUGUGCUGGGUUAAGGAUAUCCAAGUAUUUUUUGCAGUUUGGGGAGGAUCAGGCUAGGGAUUCAACCAUUUUCAAUCAGCAAAUUUGUUGAUUAAAUUGCGGGAGAAGAGUUUGAAGAAAGUAAUGAAUAUUCAGCGUUAGUAAAAUUACGUUUUGCACAGAAUUAUUAUUUUUCUAAACAUUCGUUGUUUAGAAAGUAGUUGUAGAAAAUAAUCGGGAUUUUCAAAAAUUGCAAUUUUUAAAUUGCUUCAUUAA